GUCAGUCCGUUACCCUUGCGCGAGGACUUGCGCAAGUCCCUGGUGAUGACUUCACGGUUUCCGACUCCGGCGGAGCUUGCCUCAUUUCCCAAACCGAACUAUGUCAACCCCAUCACGAGGCAGCCGUUGAUCAUCGGCGUCACGACUGCCAUGAGUGUGAUGGUCAUCGCAUUGCUGGCAUGUCGAAUUUACAGUAGAACAGUCUUGGUGUAUGCGGUCGGCUGGGACGACUGGAUUAUGUUGAGCGCAGGUGUCAUAGCUGUCGCGAAUAAUAUCCUAGUCACCAUAUCAACAUCGAAAAAAUAUCAGAUGGGAUAUCACAUAUGGGACAUACGGCUCGAGCAACUACUGGGAACAUUAGAAGCCGGCAAGUUUGGAAUGGCGAUUCAGCUUCUCUUCAUUGUGACCAUCGGAUUAACGAAGGUCUCAAUCCUCAUGACCUAUCUCCGCAUUUUCCCAACUAAGGUCAACAAACGAUUCUGCUACACCAUGCUCACGUAUACGAUAGCCUUCAGCAUCGCAUGCUUCUUCCUCGUCUUAUUCCAGUGCACUCCCGUCCGCGUGUACUGGGAAACUUACAAGUUCCUCCUCACAGUGAAACAACAUUGCAAGAACGUCAAGGUGAUCUACUUCUUCUGGAGCGCGCAAAAUACCCUGAGCGACUUUUUCAUUUUCCUAUGGCCUGUUAAGGAUAUCGCGUCGGUGCGAAUAUCGCGGCGCCAGCGUAUUACACUCAUCUCCAUGUUCUCAUGCGGGCUCAUUGUAUGCGUAGCCGGCAGCGCCCGAAUCUACUACACCCACCUCUACCUCUACUCCUACGACGUCCUCUGGUGGGGCGCCACCGUGUUCGCCGUCAUGUCCAUCGAAACCUGUCUGGGCAUCGUCUGCGGAUGCCUCCCCGGCUGCAAGCCCCUGAUGUCGCGUCUCUUCCCGCAAGUCUUCGGCACACCCUCGAACCGCAGCAACAGCGGACCUGCGCGCUACCCGCGACAAGUAAAGGAGAUUUUGUCGUCGAACGACAGCCGCACGCUGCAGGGCACGGAAGCCUCGUUCCAGCUGCAGAGUCUGAACUCCGGGGGAAAGGGCAUGGUGAUUCCACCGGAUGCGAAGCGCUUUGAGUGGAGUGGGAGGGAGGAAAGAGAAGUCGAGGUUACGAUUCCGAGACGGCCGGGGCAGGCGAUGUUUAGGUCCGAGAAGCAGAAUAGUGCGUGGAGGACUCCGUGCGAUCGAGAAUUCCACGGAAAUGGAAACGAUUCCAACGGGAGCCAAGAGUUUAUUAUUUUGCAGCGCCAGUCACGGACGUCGAUGCAGAGUAUAUAUGGCUCGGGGGCGGGGCAAGAGAAGCGGGUAGACUACUGA